CCCCAUCUUUCUCCAAUCGAAUCGCACACGCCACGCGAGCUCCCUCUCCUAAAGCCCUAACCCUAGCCUCCAAGUCGUCGUCCUCCGGAAGCUUCCGGCCUCCGCCGCCGCCGCAGCGCCAUGGCCUCGGAGACGGAGACGUUCGCCUUCCAGGCGGAGAUCAACCAGCUGCUGUCGCUCAUCAUCAACACGUUCUACUCCAACAAGGAGAUCUUCCUCCGCGAGCUCAUCUCCAACUCCUCCGAUGCGUUGGACAAGAUCAGGUUCGAGAGCUUGACGGACAAGAGCAAGCUGGAUGCUCAGCCAGAGCUGUUCAUCCAUAUUGUUCCUGACAAGGCCUCCAACACACUGUCGAUCAUUGACAGUGGUAUUGGUAUGACCAAGUCAGAUCUUGUGAACAACCUGGGUACCAUUGCCAGGUCAGGGACUAAGGAGUUUAUGGAGGCACUGGCUGCUGGUGCUGAUGUGUCCAUGAUUGGUCAGUUCGGUGUUGGAUUCUACUCUGCCUACCUUGUUGCCGAGAGAGUAGUUGUGACCACCAAGCACAACGAUGACGAGCAGUAUGUGUGGGAGUCUCAGGCUGGUGGGUCCUUCACUGUCACACGUGACACAUCUGGGGAGCAGCUUGGGAGGGGUACUAAGAUCACCCUCUACCUCAAGGAUGAUCAGUUGGAAUACCUUGAAGAGCGCCGCCUCAAGGACCUGAUCAAGAAGCACUCUGAGUUUAUCAGCUACCCUAUCUCUCUAUGGACUGAGAAGACCACUGAGAAGGAAAUUUCUGAUGAUGAAGAUGAGGAAGAGAAGAAGGAUGCUGAGGAGGGCAAGGUUGAGGAUGUUGAUGAAGAGAAGGAAGAAAAGGAGAAGAAAAAGAAGAAGAUCAAGGAGGUUUCUCAUGAGUGGUCCCUGGUCAACAAACAGAAGCCUAUCUGGAUGAGGAAGCCUGAGGAGAUCACUAAGGAGGAGUAUGCUGCUUUCUACAAGUCCCUGACAAACGACUGGGAGGAGCAUCUUGCUGUCAAGCACUUCUCUGUGGAGGGUCAGCUGGAAUUCAAAGCUGUUCUCUUUGUUCCCAAGAGGGCACCAUUCGACCUCUUUGAUACGAGGAAGAAGCUCAACAACAUCAAGCUCUACGUCCGCCGAGUCUUCAUCAUGGACAACUGUGAGGAGCUGAUCCCUGAGUGGCUGAGCUUUGUCAAGGGCAUUGUUGACUCCGAGGAUCUUCCCCUCAACAUCUCCCGUGAGAUGCUGCAGCAGAACAAGAUUCUCAAGGUCAUCAGGAAGAACCUUGUCAAGAAGUGCGUUGAGCUCUUCUUCGAGAUUGCUGAGAACAAGGAAGACUACAACAAGUUCUAUGAAGCCUUCUCCAAGAACCUCAAGCUCGGUAUCCACGAGGACUCCACCAACAGAAACAAGAUUGCCGAGCUCCUGAGGUACCACUCCACCAAGAGCGGCGAUGAGCUGACCAGCCUCAAGGAUUACGUGACGAGGAUGAAGGAAGGCCAGAACGACAUAUACUACAUCACCGGCGAGAGCAAGAAGGCCGUGGAGAACUCCCCCUUCUUGGAGAAGCUGAAGAAGAAGGGUUACGAGGUCCUCUACAUGGUUGAUGCCAUCGACGAGUAUGCUGUUGGCCAGCUCAAGGAGUUUGAGGGCAAGAAGCUCGUCUCUGCCACCAAGGAGGGACUCAAGCUUGAUGAGAGCGAGGACGAGAAGAAGCGGAAGGAGGAGCUCAAGGAGAAAUUCGAGGGUCUCUGCAAGGUCAUCAAGGAGGUGCUCGGAGACAAGGUCGAGAAGGUGGUGGUCUCGGACCGUGUGGUGGACUCCCCGUGCUGCCUCGUCACCGGCGAGUAUGGCUGGACGGCCAACAUGGAGAGGAUCAUGAAGGCCCAGGCGCUGAGGGACUCGAGCAUGGCCGGGUACAUGUCGAGCAAGAAGACGAUGGAGAUCAACCCGGAGAACGCCAUCAUGGAGGAGCUCCGCAAGCGCGCCGACGCCGACAAGAACGACAAGUCCGUCAAGGACCUCGUCUUGCUCCUCUUCGAGACGGCCCUCCUCACCUCCGGCUUCAGCCUCGACGACCCCAACACCUUCGGCAGCAGGAUCCACCGCAUGCUCAAGCUCGGCCUGAGCAUCGACGAGGACGAGACGGCGGAGGCCGACACCGACAUGCCGCCGCUCGAGGACGACGCCGGCGAGAGCAAGAUGGAGGAGGUCGACUAAGCGGGUUUCCUUUUUUUUCCCCUCGUCAAAUCCUUCGCAGCGAAAGUACACCAUGGAGCAUUGGAGCUAGCUUAUCUGUUUUACCUUUUGAACAUCGCGUUGUUGGGUCGGUUCGGUUUAUUUUGUGCGAUUUGCUUUACCUUUACCUAGCCUGCAAUGCAUGGGGCUAGAUUGUGCUAUGGGUUCUCGAACUGCGUACGUUAAUUAUAUUGCUAAAUAUGAGUAUUAUAUUAGUGUCCUCAUGAGUUGUCUAUUUUUUCCUCUGCAAGUUAGAUGUAUCAAUUAAUUUUGCG